AUGGGUCAGAGCAACGGCAAGCCCGUCGUCUUCACCGACCAAGUAAACCUCAAUCACUUCCGACUGUUGCGAGUUGUUGGCAAGGGCGCAUUCGGCAAGGUGCGCAUCGUUGAGCGGAAAGACACGGGUCUCACUUUUGCGCUCAAGUACAUACGGAAGGAUGAAGUCGUACGCUCCGAGAGUGUUCGCAACAUCAUUCGAGAGCGGCGCAUGCUUGAACAUCUGAACCACCCCUUUCUCUGCAACUUGCGCUACAGUUUUCAAGAUAUCGAAUACCUAUACAUUGUCGUCGACUUAAUGAACGGCGGCGACCUACGCUUCCACAUCUCGAGAAAGACAUUCACCGAAGAGGCAGUGCGCUUCUGGAUCGCCCAGCUUGGUUGCGCCGUGCGCUACAUUCACCAGCAGGGCAUCGUGCACAGGGACAUCAAACCAGACAACGUGCUGUUAGAUUCCGAGGGACAUGUCCAUCUGGCAGAUUUUAACGUGGCCUCCGACUUUACGCCCAACAAGCCGCUGACAAGCAAGUCUGGCACGCUCGCCUACUUGGCCCCCGAGGUAUACGAAGGCAAAGGAUACUCAUGCGAAGUCGACUGGUGGUCACUGGGCGUGCUCUUCUAUGAGUGCAUCUACAACAAGCGACCCUUUGAGGCCAGCAGCCACGAUUCACUCGCCGCCAAGAUCUCAAAGGGAGAGCCUACCUAUCCCGUUACCAGCCCGCCCGUGUCCAUGCCCUGCCUACAUGCCAUCAGCUCGCUGCUGGAGAAGAACCGGAAGAAGCGCAUAGGCGCCAUUGGAUUCGAGUCCUUCACAGACAACCCCUUCUUCCGUCCGCUUGAUUUCAUUGCGUUGGAGCGCAAGGAAAUACCACCCGUCUUUAUCCCGUCGAGCGACAAGACCAACUUUGACGCAACUUACGAUUUGGAGGAGCUGCUACUGGAGGAGGCGCCACUGGAGGCAAGAGCGCGCAGACAAAAGCCCAGAGAAGCGCUCAAGGACGAUGCGACCGAGCAGGAGAUACGGGCCGAGGAGCUGCACAGGAUGAUCGAAACUCUUUUUGAGCCUUUCAAUUACACUACAGCUGCAGACCAACGGCCCCCAGCUGCUGUAGCAGUUGUAGAUCCUCAAGACUCGGUCGGCGGCUCAAGAACGAGCAACCAAAGCCAACCGGAUAACACUUCGGCAUCGGCCACAGGGCAGGUAGACCCAUGGGGGCGCCCACUUGCGACCAACAAAUCCCAAGAUGGCGAACUCCAUCCCACCCGCUCCGCUACCACCGCUCGAUCAACGCAAUCGCCCAAUGGCAGCCCACCGCUUGCCACCAACAUCCUGAACCAGACCGCCAACACCGGCUCACCCACAUCACAACGCGGCGAGCAUAUCGACUAUUUCCCCAAUGACGGCUCCGAGAUUCCGACACCCUCAUUCUCUCGCCCUAUGAACAACCGCCAGCGCGGAUCGCAGCGCAGUAUCAGUACAAGCGGAGGCGUACAGGUAGUUCUCAAUGAGACUGGCUCUUGGACUGAGAUGGCUAACCAGAGUUCCGCCCUCGUACAGAAAGAUGCCCAAGCUGAGAAACCGUCCGGCAUGCUUGGCUUCCUCAGUCGCAAAAAGGGCCGGGACAGGAGUCCCAAGGCGAAAGAGCGCGGUGUGCUGGGCAAGGAAGGCGCCAGAGUCAUCAUCAGCAACACUUGA